AUGUCUAGGGUUGCUACAGUGGGUCUGUUUAUGGUACUGUUCCUGCUACUGAGCUUUCCGCAGGGAUCGCUGGACAUAUACAAGGAAUCACUUUUUCAGCACUACAGAACAACACUUCAGGAUCCAUUUCUUGAUAUUCCAACUCCACGCAUUAAAUGGGUUGAUCCUAUUCGAUUAGUUAGGCACGAACAUACUUCAAGAGCUCAUUUAGAAUCUCUGCUGGCUUAUUUGCAGACCAUCCCACCCAACUCUCCGAUUCCAGUUCCCGUUGUUACUGCAUCACACCCACAGGUGAUUCUUGAUGGACACCAUCGAGUUUCUGCCUCUCGAAUUCUUGGAUUAAAAUUGAUUCCAGUUUGGGAAGUAGACGAUUUGGACGAAAUUGAUAAUUGGGACAAAACACUGGUUCGCUGUUAUGCUCAAAGCAAUGGACUUCGUAUGGCUUUACAUGAAGUAACUCGGCGCGCUCGUGAAGGCAAUAUUGACUGGGGGAUUAAAGGAACACGGCAUGUUGCUCAUUUCCCCUUGUCUCGACCGCAAGCAUCUGGAGAGAUGUUCAUUGAAGUUGCACUGGAGCGAGUAACACCUCGUGUCAACUGGGGAUCGUGGAUCUCCAGCAAUGAUGUCUCUUCAAGAAUGAAUGACAUUGCUGUUCCAAAUAUUGGAUCUCGAGAGCAUGUUCGAGUUCCCGGCAUCAAAGUGUAA